UGAUGAUGAUUCGGCACAGAUUUAAACUGAUUGUUUAACAAUUCACUUAUUAAAGCUGUGGCGUUUUGACUCCCAUAACUAGUGCUGCUAUUCGGGUAUCACUAUUACUAGAGGGAAUAUACUUGGGGUUAGGGGUCUGAUCCGAUCACUAACCUCCAGUAUUAGACGUCAUUGUAGGUGAGGUGGUGUUUCUGUGGAUGUUUCCACCCAUCUGAUCUCUGAGCUCCUUUAAGACGCAGUGGCUUCAAGCUCGCUUCAGACUUUGGACCCCAUGUCUGACGGGAGUUUCCUAUUCCUCCGUCCAUCACCUUUGAUUAUGAGCGAGUGCAGUAUGAUCUAACACACAGGAACUGGAGAAACCACAGAAGAUCUCGACGCACAGGUGCUGUAGUCAUGCUGCAGGGUUCGAGCCCGUUCGGCUGGUCCAGCGGUUACUCAGAUUCGCUGCGGUCCAGUGUGACAGGGACAGAUGAGACGUACGCGGAGCUGUCGGGUUUAUCCAGACCCAACGCUAAAUCAAUAUACCAUCAGAGGAAGGAAUAUGCUCAGUCCAUUAACAGACAGAUGCAUCAGUUCCAGCACCGAGUGGAGCAUCUGUUCACCUUUGAGCUGGACGGGCAGCAGGUGUGUGACGUGGACGACUGUCUGGAGCGGCUAAAGUACAUGGAUGCCACGGGCAGCGUGUGGGGUCAGGACAUGAUCCUGGAGGUGCGGGACAGAGCGCUGCUGCUCAUGGACAUCGAGAGCCAGGAGAUGUUGGAGUCGUGGCCCCUGAGCAGCGUUCUGGAUCUGAAGGCCGUUCUGGACGAGAGCCCGUAUGACUCUCUCCUGACCGUCUCUAUCCAGGAGCGAGGCAGUCGGACCAUCAGCGUCUUCCUGUUCCAGAGCGAGUCUCUCAGGGCAGAUUUUCUGAAGAAAGACCUGGAGCGGCUUCUGCAGAACAAAAGGGAUGAUCAAAGACAGAGUAACGUCAGUAAAGCUGGUGUAGGAAACGCCAUGCAGAGAAAUUCACGAAGAACCUCGCCUCCAUCUGAGCAGAUUCUUCAGAGACCUCCUCCAGAACAGUGGGCUGCUCCAGAUUAUGAUGAGAGUCCCGCCCCGACUCCACCCACCUCCAGAAAUAACUCCACCUAUAUGAAGGUAGUGGCCCCGCCCCCUCACGUAGAAAAGACGCCCCAGAAACCGGUCCCGCCCCCUCAGAGGCCAUACACAGAGACAGAGAGGAACGUGGACAUCCUGAAUCAUCUCAUUAACGACAUCGAAGCGUUCGCGGACAGAUUGACAGCCGUCGCUCCUAAAAAGGACAAAAAGAAAAAGAAGAAAAAGAAAGUUGUGAAGGGGAUGCCGUCAGAUGAAGAGUUCACAGUCUGUCUGCAGAAAAUCAAGAUGGCCUUUAACCUGCUGGCCAAUCUGAAGGGAAAGAUUGAAAACCCCAGCGCUGCUGAACUCGCACACUGUCUGUUCUCUAUACUGGACCUGAUAGUGCAUCACUGUAAUGAGGAUCUCCCACCGUCUAUUGUGGCUCCUCUCUUUGAGCCGGAGUGUAUCCUCUUCCUCAGUGAGGAGGCCACGGCGGAGGAGGAUCAUCUGUGGCAGUCGCUGGGAGACGCCUGGAACAUCCCCAGCACCAAGUGGCCGGAGGAUGAUGAAGAUAUUCCCACGUUUACGCCUGUGUUUGAUGAUGGCUGGGAGCCGCCGGCCAUUAGAAACCCAGAGCCGUCCAAUAGAAACCCAGAGCCGUCCAUUAGAAACCCAGAGCCUACCAAUAGGAACCCAGUGCCGACCAAUAGAAACCCAGUGCCGACCAACACAAACACCAGCAGCCGAGAACCACCACGACAAUCCAUGACACGACAAAUGAGCAACAAAUUACCCCAGGAAGAUCAGGAAAGCUCAGAGGACUUGCCGGUGAGCUACAUGAAAGCGGUGUUUGAUUUUUCAGCACGUAACGCGCGUGAACUCACCAUCAGUAAAGGUGAAGAACUACAGUUGUUGGACAUGUCUAAGCAGUGGUGGAAGGUGAAGAAUCAGAGGGGGCAGAUCGGUUACGUCCCCAACAACAUGCUUCAGCUUCCGCAGAAGGAGGCGAAACCUGAAACUCCAUCUGCACCUGGACUCACCAAAAAAUCCCGUCCAGAGGAGGUCCGAGCCUGGCUGGAGCACAAAGGCUUCAGUAAAAUUACGGUCCGGUGUUUAGGGGGCAUCACCGGCUCCAUGCUGCUGGGAAUGACUCGUGAUGAGCUCAAGACUGUUUGUCCGGAGGAGGGCGGACGCGUUUUCUACCAGCUGCAAAACAUCAAAUCGGCCCUUGCGAUGGCCAGUGAAGUGAGACCACUGAUCUGAGGCCACCAACUUCCUGUCGACACACAACUGAAGCUGGUAAUGGAUGCUGAGGGACGUCGGACACUAAAUUCAUAUUUAUUCAUAGUCAGAGCUGGUUUUGAAGAUCAGGAGCGUCUGAUUUGUAUAUUAUCACAGUUUUUAUGUCAGAUGUAAAGAUGCAGAAGAAUCCAGAGGAGAUUGAAUACACACAUGCUUUAUUGAUAUGAAUAAAAUACUCUUUUCUGAUCAGUACUGCUAUAGACUAACAAUCUCAUUCACAAAAAAUAAAGAUAUACAUAUAUAUUUUA